AUGCCAGGCACUAUUCAGGAAAAAGAAUUUUAUAGCUCCUUGGCUGAUGAGGUGGAGGAAAAAGAAUUGAUAGUAGGAGGAAGCCAAUAUGAUGAUGGAGUACAAAGUAAUACUGAGGGAGACUCUAGUAAAAGGGACAGUGUGGAAGAACCAAAACAUGUUGGCACCAAUGAAGCAGAAAAGGAAUUGAUUAUAGGAGAAAACCAACAAAAAGAUGGAGAACAUGGUAAAACUGAUGGAGAAGUAGGCACCAAUACAGCAGAAAAAGGAACAGUACAUAAUCCAGACAAAGAGGAGGUGCAGAAACAAAAUGAUCAUCAAGAACAUGAUGAGCAUGUGGAUAUUGAGGAUACAAGACUACAUAGAGUAAAACAACCUUCAAAGGAGGCAACAGUAGUGGAUGAGGAGCAAUUGUAUGUGGAGCAAGAUGCAGAUCCACCAGAUCAUUCCUCAUCAGAAAAGGAUAUGGUGAUUUCACAGACUGACCAGCAUCAGGUGACAUUUUGUAGAAAAUCUUCCCCAGUCAAAGAAUUACAUGACCUGAUCUCUCAUAAUAUAGAUAGUUGGGAGGUAGAGGAGGAUGCCAGAGAUCUACACAAAGAAGACAAGGAGGAGAAUAUUAAGCAAAAUAAGGAAAACAUUCUUAAGCAAGAAAAUAUAUCUCCUAAUAGCAAGUUUAACAAUAAGGGUCAGAAGAAAGGCAAGAAGAAUGCUAUUGACAAGCAAAUUCCACUCAGGGUGGUACCAAAGAGGAAUGCUACUAAAUCUAAUGUUAAAUGA